AUGUCUGACGAAGUUUACGAGGGUGCCAUCGGCAUUGAUCUGGGCACAACCUACUCCUGCGUUGCCAACUAUGAAGGCACCAAUGUCGAAAUCAUUGCCAACGAGCAGGGUAGCUACACAACCCCAUCUUUCGUCUCUUUCACCGAGAAGGAGCGCUUGAUUGGUGAGGCAGCCAAGAACCAGGCUGCUAUGAACCCGAAGAACACCAUCUUCGAUAUUAAGCGUCUGAUCGGUCGUCGGUUUGAUGACCCCAUUGUCAAGAAGGAUGUUGAGUCCUGGCCUUUCAAGGUCGUCGACGUGGGUGGAAACCCUGUUGUCGAGGUUGACUAUCUCGGUGAAGUCAAGACUUUCACCCCUCAGGAGAUCUCCUCCAUGGUUUUGAUGAAGAUGAAGGAAGUCGCCGAGACCAAGCUCGGAAAGAAGGUUGAGAAGGCUGUCAUCACUGUGCCCGCCUACUUCAACGACAACCAGCGUCAGGCUACCAAGGAUGCGGGUGCCAUUUCCGGUCUCAAUGUUCUCCGUAUCAUCAACGAACCCACUGCUGCUGCCAUUGCUUACGGUCUUGGCUCUGGAAAGUCCGAGAAGGAGCGCAAUGUCCUGAUCUACGAUCUUGGUGGUGGUACUUUCGAUGUCUCCCUCCUUAACAUCCAGGGUGGUGUUUUCACAGUCAAGGCUACUGCCGGUGACACUCACCUUGGUGGUCAGGAUUUCGACACAAACCUUCUGGACCACUUCAAGAAGGAGUUCCAGCGCAAGACUGGCAAGGAUAUUUCUGGCGAUUCCCGAGCCCUGCGCCGUCUGAGAACCGCUUGCGAACGUGCUAAGCGUACCCUGUCCAACGCUACCCAGACCACUGUUGAGAUUGAUUCCCUCUUCGACGGUGAAGAUUUCAACACCUCCAUCACUCGUGCUCGUUUUGAGGACCUCAACGCCAAGUCUUUCUCUGGCACCUUGGAGCCCGUCCAGCAGGUCCUCAAAGACUCCGGUCUUGAGAAGCGCCAGGUCGAUGAGAUCGUCCUUGUUGGUGGUUCCACCCGUAUCCCCCGCAUUCAGAAGCUCCUCAGUGAUUUCUUUGAUGGCAAGAAGCUCGAGAAGAGCAUCAACCCCGACGAGGCUGUUGCCUACGGUGCCGCCGUUCAGGCUGGUAUUCUGUCCGGAAAGGCUACCUCUGCUGAAACUCAGGAUCUUCUGCUCCUUGAUGUUGUUCCUCUGUCCCUUGGUGUUGCCAUGGAGGGUAACAUCUUCGCUCCUGUUGUGCCUCGUGGCCAAACUGUCCCCACCAUCAAGAAGCGCACUUUCACCACUGUUGUGGACAACCAGACCACUGUCCAGUUCCCUGUCUACCAGGGUGAACGUACUAACUGCGCCGAUAACACCUCUCUCGGCGAGUUUACAUUGGCCCCUAUCCCCCCCAUGAGGGCCGGAGAAGCUGCCCUUGAGGUCGUCUUCGAGGUUGACGUCAACGGUAUCCUCAAGGUUACUGCCACUGAGAAGUCUUCUGGCCGUACCGCCAACAUCACUAUUUCCAACGCCGUUGGCAAGCUUUCCACCACUGAGAUUGAACAGAUGAUUGAUGAUGCUGCCAAGUUCAAGACCAGUGAUGAGGCUUUCACCAAGAAGUUCGAGUCUCGCCAACAGCUCGAGUCCUACAUCUCUCGUGUCGAGGAGAUUAUCUCUGACCCUACCAUGUCCCUGAAGCUGAAGCGCGGUAACAAGGACAAGAUCGAGUCUGCUCUCAGUGAUGCCAUGGCUCAGCUUGAAAUUGAAGAUUCUACCCCCGAGGAUCUGAAGAAGAAGGAGCUUGCCCUCAAGAGACUGAUUACCAAGGCCAUGGCUACUCGAAUGCAACGCACAGCAACCUUUUCGCUAGUUUCCCGGCUUCAUUACCCGUACUCCUCGACAAGCUCGCACCUGCGGUUUCUCUCCCGGGCUGAGCUCCCGCGCCAUGCUUUGCAACGAAACUUCUCUGUCUCCCCCUUCCUGAAUAAAGGCAAGAAGAAGGACAGUACAAAGCAAGCGUCUGGUUUAAGUUCUGAACCGAAGACUUCCCAUGCAAGCCCAGGGUCCCAGGAUCCACUUGACCUUACACAACUCGAACAUGGCAUCGCGACAGCUGUGUCCCGCUUGAAAGAGGAGCUCUCCAAGCUCCGGGUGGGCGGAAGGCUGAACCACGAAUCCAUCGAGAGUCUCCGCGUGCAACUAAGCAAGGGAAGCAAGGAAACGGUGAAACUGGGGGAAUUGGCACAGGUUGUGCCCAAGGGUGGCCGCAUGGUCACUGUUCUAGUAUCUGAAGAGAGUUACAUCAAACCGGUUUCUUCAGCAAUUGUCUCCUCCAAUCUAUCCUUGACACCACAACCGGAUCCCCAUAAUGCGCUUCAGCUCAAUAUCCCCAUUCCGCCGCCUACGAAGGAAUCCCGAGACCAGACAGUCGCCGUUGCAAAGACAGCAAUGGAAAGAGCAGCCGGCAGUGUUCGUGACGCGCGAGGUGCCGUUCAUAAGCGGCUCCAGGACAUGGUGAAAAAGAAGGUCGCCAGACCGGAUGAUGUUAGGAAAACACAGGAUAGAAUGGAGAAGGUGGCUGAGAAGGGACAGAAGGAGGUAAAGGAUUUGUUUGAAGCUGCAAAGAAGGCUAUGGAACGGGCUUAA